CAUUCUCUCUCUUCCUCUCCCCUCACUCAUAACUCUAUUCUCGGCGACAAAUUCGUUCAAUUUUCGAAUCCAAAAAAAUCUGACUCCAAAAUACCCAACUUCAAAAUUGGAACAAAUGCUAAUCUGGGCAAACUUACCUGCCAUCUGGGUAUCUCUCCUUUCCCCCAUUUAAUCUCUCAUUCUCCCUCCAUUUUUCCUUGAUUCUUCCUUUUUGCCUGGUAAGAAUCCAUCUCUACGUUUUCUCCCUCUUCCAGAAAUUUAUUCCUUUUGCUCCUCAAACGCUUAAUUGCUUUCUUAAUUUAUUUGUUAGCUUGAUUUUCCGUGAAUUGUCAUAUUUUUCUGAAUUUUUAGCUACUGGGGUUUGAUUAUCGAUUUUUGAUCGAAGGAAAGGGAGAAAAAUUAAGAUUAGUGAUUCAAUUUUUCUGGGCCUAGCACAAUUGAGAACUUCGAUCAUCUUUCUAUCUCAAAUCAAGCUUAUUCCUAAUUCCAAAAAAAAAAAAAAAAAAAAAAAUUAGUUUGGCCCUUAUGUAGAGAGACCUUUUUAAAAUUUCUUCCCAGUAAUAUGUAAACUGUAAAUUUGUUUAUACAUUUUUUGAAGAAUUAGGGUCUUCUUUUUUCCAUAUUAGGGUAAUUUUGUUUAAUCGGUCAAUCUUAAAGGAAUUUGGCCAGCUCAAUUGGUUAUUCUAGGUUAGAAUCUUGUUAAUGUUGUAAUAUAAACAUUAACAGAAAUAAGCUUUUUAAAAGGGGGAAAAAAGGGUUCUGGGGUUGUAAAUUAAGGGGGAAUUUAAGGACAAUGUCUGCUGGUGCUGGUGUUGCCUUGAGUUCCUUUUACGAAGAUAUGGUGCAUUUCCCGGGUUAUAUAGAUAACCGGGUGAAUUUGCACCAAACCGAGUCAAUUUUAGUCUAUCUUAGUGUUGCCGGGUCUGUGAUUCCAAUUCGGGUUAUGGAAUCCGAUUCGAUUGCUUCUGUUAAACUCAGGAUCCAAACAUGUAAAGGUUAUGUAGUUAAGAAACAAAAACUUGUUUAUGGAGGUAGGGAGUUGGCCAGGAAUGAUGGUCUUGUUAAGGAAUAUGGUGUUAGUGGUGGAGAUGUGUUGCAUUUGAUCCUUAAACUAUCUGAUCUCUUAGCCAUUAUAGUUAGCACUGCUUGUGGGAAAGAGUUCGAGUUGCAAGUCGAUAGGCAUCGAAAUGUAGGGUACCUUAAACAAAGAAUCUAUAAAGAAGGGAAAGGGUUUGUUGACCUUAAAGAUCAAGAACUCUUUUGUCAAGGUGAGAGGCUUAAAGAUCAGAGUCUAAUUAAUGAUAUUUCCAAGACUAAUGAUGGUGUUAUCCAUUUACUUGUUAAGAAAUCAGCCAAAGUUAGGACUAUUACAGUUGAAAGAGAUGUUGAACUUGAACUUGAACUUUCGGUUGUGGCAUCGGAUGUUUUGUCUAAAGAUGAAUGCAAUAAGAAACAAUUUGGUGAGCUCUAUCCUUUAUCAUCUAACAAAGUAGUGCCUAAUAGAGAUUCUUGGUUAGAACCUGUUGUUGUUAAUGUUCCUACAAUUGAAUUACCAUUAGCAUUUCACAAUCUGAUUAACUCAGCAAUUGAUGGGUUAGAUAAGGGUAACCCACCAAUUAGAUCAACAGAUGGUACUGGUGGUGCUUAUUUCAUGUUCAACCCAUCAGGUCAGAAGAUUGUAGCUGUGUUUAAGCCCAUUGAUGAGGAGCCCAUGGCGGUUAAUAACCCACACGGGCUACCCAUCUCUGAAAAUGGUGAGGGUCUGAAAAAAGGAACGAAAGUUGGGGAAGGAGCAUUGAGAGAAGUUGCUGCAUACCUUCUAGAUCAUCCGAUGAACGGGUUUUACUCGUUGAAUCGUGAUGCGAUUGGGUUUUCUGGGGUGCCACCAACUGCAUUGGUUCGGUGUUUGAACAAGGGGUUUAACCACCCACAAGGGUUUGAAGGUACUUUGAAAGAUGUAAAGAUUGGAUCUUUGCAAAUGUUUAUGGAGAAUGAUGGUAAUUGUGAGGAUAUCGGGCCUCGGGCUUUCCCUGUGGAAGAAGUUCAUAAGAUCAGUAUUCUUGAUCUUAGGUUGGGUAAUGCAGAUAGACAUGCUGGGAAUAUUCUUUUCAAGAGAAAUGGUGUUGAUGGCCGAAUUCAGCUUAUUCCAAUUGAUCAUGGCUACUGUCUGCCUGAUAGUUUUGAGGAUUGCACAUUUGACUGGCUAUACUGGCCACAAGCCCGUCAACCCUUCUCCUCAGAAGCCAUCAAGUACAUAACAUUACUAGAUGCUGAAAAAGACCUUGCAUUGUUGAAGUUCCAUGGCUGGGACGUACCUAUCCAGUAUGCUCGGACUCUGCGCAUAUCCACAAUGUUGUUGAAGAAGGGAGCAGAAAAAGGGAUGACACCUUUCGCCAUUGGAAAUAUCAUGUGUCGUGAAACACUAACCAAGGAAUCUCUUAUUGAAGAAAUGAUCAACGAAGCUCAGCAGUCGUUAAUUCCUGGAAUGAGUGAAGAAGAUUUUCUUGAAACCGUUUCCCAAAUCAUGGAUUUCCGACUAAACGAGCUCAUUUAACAACAAAUCAUGGUAUAGUUAUAUUUGCCUAAUACUAUGUAUAAUUAUCAUCAAUGUAUUUUGUAUGUUAUAUGUAUAGUCUGAAAAUGGAAGCAGUCCAGUUUUGGAGGGACUGUCGAUUAUAUAUGUCGAGGUUCUUUGUCACUAAUUUAUGUUGCUUCUGGUCUUUGAUGAAGCAACUAAUUUUUGUUAACACUUGUAACAGAGAACAGAAAAAAGGCCAUAGCUCUGUAUCAGACCAACAUAUUAUUAGGUCUGAUAUCUGUAAGUCUGUACUGAAACGAAGCAGUUUCAAUUCUGUAUACAUAUUACAAAGUAUUAGUUAAAUCUUGCUCUUUUCUUGUCAAUUUUUUCUGGAAAAGGAUCUGUGUAAUUGAAUGAAAUCAUGGUUUUGGUGUUUC